AUGUAUUACCUCUGGUCACUCCUGUUAUUCAGUAAUACGCUCCAGUUCACUUGGGGCUGGGGAGACAUCGGUCAUCGAACGGUAGCCUAUUUGGCAGAGAAGUACCUAGACAAGCAGGGCGAGCAGCUGGUGAACGACCUUAUUACUCCGGAUAAUGAAUUCGAUAUCUCAGAUGCGGCAGUCUGGGCUGAUAGACAGAAAUUCCGCUCUCCAUUUACUAGACCAUGGCAUUACUUAGAUGGAAAGACACAUCAGGUGCAGGACACCAGUCUGGAGAAGGCGCAGCGAGGUGAUGCGUUGAAAUUCUUAAUGCAUUUCAUUGGUGACCUGCACCAACCGCUGCAUGUCGAGGCAAAGCUUCGAGGAGGCAACGAGCUCCACGUUUGCUUUGACAAUCACUGCGCUAAGACUAUGAACCUUCACAGUGUGUGGGAUACGGAAAUCCCACAUAAAAUCAACGGUCUCAAGCAGAAGCCGAAGCACAACGACGAAAAAGAGCCAGCUGUGAAGUGGGCCGCAAAGUUGUUCCAGUCUCAGGGAUUGAGGCCCCUUCAGGCGGAAUGCUCUGACACAAAGAAACCAUCAAAAUGCCCUAUGAUAUGGGCAACUGAGACAAACCGGCUGAACUGUGAUUUCGUUUUCAAAAAGGGCAUUGAAUGGCUCGAAAAUAAUAACCUGGGUGGAGAGUACUACGACGAGGCUGCUCCUGUUGUGGAAGCACAAAUUCUCAAAGCAGGCAUUCGCCUGGCCGGGUGGUUGAACGCUUUGGCAGCUGACAGACCAUCAUGGGAGCAUUGUAACCGCCAAUAUGGAAAGAUGAGGAUACAAAAGGAGCUCUAA